AUGAACAAAAGGACAAUGACCGAAUACAAUUUUAGUGGAUUACCAGUUUUACCAUAUUCUGUCUACAGUAAAUUUCCACCUGAAAAAUAUAAUGCAUAUUUACUUUAUAAUAGAAAAUUAUUCGAAGAGGAAACUGCAAGAAUUGAAUUUGAAAAAGCUGGCGGCAUUCCCGGAUUGGCAAGAACAAAAGCUUUAAGGGAACUAAGAUAUUUUGAGAGGUGCACACAUGGUUCAUUUUGUCCUGUUUAUAUUUCUCCAUUAAAGAAAAGCAAUCGUAUGGGAGUGAAACAUCUUUACCAUGUCGCCAAUGACAGCUAUUGA